AUGGAAGAAAUCGCCGAAAAUCAAUUAUUUGAACACAACUUAGGGGUCUCUGUCUGCGCUCAACCGGUUCCUGUAUCAGAACUAGUGGGGAAGACUGUCAUCCUUUACUUCUCAGCCAAAUGGUGUCCACCAUGCCGAGACUUCCUGCCUACACUUGUCAAGGAGUACAAAAAGAUCAAGGAGAAGCAUGCUUUUGAGAUCAUUUUCAUCUCUUUCGACAGGGACCAGAGCUCCUAUGACGAGUUUUUCUCUGACAUGCCAUGGCUUGCGCUUCCUUUGGGAGACGAAAGGAGGGAACUAUUGAUGAAAAAGUUCAAAAUCCAUGGGUUCCCUUCACUCAUCAUCGUAGGUCCUUCCGAGCAGACACUCACCAGGGAUGCCAAAUCCCACCUGCUGGCGCACGGUGCCGACGCGUUCCCUUUCACCCAAGAGACACUCGAGGAGUUGGAGAAGAAGCUCGAUGGAGAGGCCAAGGCGUGGCCUGAGAAGGUGAAGCACGAGCUCCAUGAGAGGCACGAGCUUGUCCUCGCGCGCCGUGACACUGCUGACACCUACAGCUGCGACGGUUGUGAAGGGCUGGGUAGCUCGUGGUACUACAGGUGCGAGCGGUGCGACUUCAAUCUGCACCCUAGGUGUGUGCUGGGGAAGGGCAAGAAGGAAGAGGCCAGUGAUGAAUCCCCAGCGGGAUAUGCAUGUGAGGGAGGUGUGUGCAGAAAGGCAUAG